GUCAUGGAGUGUGCUUUUGUGCAGGUUAAACCCCUUGCGGGAGCUUAAACUCGAGGCUACAAAAAACAGACCCUUUGUUUUGGUUUUGGUUUUGGUUUUUUGUUUAAUACCCUUUGAUUCAACUGCAAGGAAUCAACUUCCUACCAACCUUUAUCUUCGCGGUCCAGCCACUUUCAAGGAAAUCGAACUAUUGUUUUGUUUUGCCAACGAUUUGGUCAGUUUUCUUCAGCUUCCAAUUCUUUAUGGCUCUGAAUAUGCAUUCUAUUCUAAAACUAGCUUUGAUUUGUUCCUUCUUGCCUACUAUUAGCCCCUUGAGUUUGAAUUACCCUGCGGUAUUCAACUUCGGAGACUCAAAUUCAGACACGGGUGGAUUAGUUGCCGGAAAGGCUUUUCCACUGAUACCACCAAAUGGAGAAACCUACUUUCUUAAACCCUCUGGGAGAUUCUGCGAUGGUCGCUUAAUUAUUGAUUUUCUAAUGGAAGCAAUGGAGCUUCCUUACCUGAACCCAUAUUUGGAUUCUGUUGGCUCUCCCAGUUUCGAGACAGGGUGCAACUUUGCGACCGGAGGGUCUACUAUACUUGCAGCCAAUGCAGCUUCUAUAAACCCCUUUUCCUUUAACCUUCAGCUAUAUCAAUUCUUCAGAUUCAAGGAACGAGCUCUUGCAUUACUCUCGAAAGAUAAGGAACUUCAGAAAUUCCUCCCUGCAGAAGGUUAUUUCAAGCAGGGCCUUUAUAUGAUUGACAUAGGCCAAAAUGAUCUUGACGCUGCAUUCUACUCAUUGAAAUCGGAGGAAAAAGUACUUGCUUUGAUUCCACAACUUGUGUCAGGACUCGAGUAUGGAAUGAAGAUAUUGUAUGAUUCAGGAGCAAGGAAUUUCUGGAUUCAUAACACAGGUCCCCUUGGGUGCUUGCCAAGAAUUAUUGCUACAUUGGGAAAAAAUGACAACCUAGAUGAGCUUGGUUGCGUAAAUUCACACAACCGAGCAGCUAAUGUUUUCAACAUGAAACUCCAUGAUGUUUGUGUAAACUUCUUGGCACAGUUGCCUGAAGCUAAUUGCACUUACGUCGAUAUUUACUCAAUAAAGCUAAGCCUUAUUUCAAAUUAUUCUCUAUAUGGAUUCCAACAACCUAUAGCAGCAUGCUGUGGUUAUGGUGGGCCUCCGCUGAAUUUUGACUCUAGGAUUGCUUGUGGUCUAACAAAGGAUCUGAAUGGGAGCAUAGUGACAGCAAAUCCAUGCAACAACACUGCUGAGUAUAUAAAUUGGGAUGGAACUCAUUAUACAGAAGCUGCGAAUAGAUUUGUUGCAGACCUAAUACUAACAGGAAAUUAUUCUGAUUCGCCUCACUUGGCGAAUGCACCAUCUCUUACCUGACCAAAAAUGAAUGUUGUUGUAUUAAGUUUGUAUCAGAGUUGAUAUGACAAUGGCAGAUAGAUGUAAAGCAUGGCAAAAUGUGUUGAAUAAAGACAAUCUGUGAAAUGGUUUUUUUUUCCUGAUGAAAACAAAAAGGUUCA